CCGCGCCCGAACCCGCGCCCGCCCGCACCAUGCUCAAGUGCAUCCCGCUGUGGCGCUGCAACCGGCACGUGGAGUCCGUGGACAAGCGGCACUGCUCGCUGCAGGCCGUGCCCGAGGAGAUCUAUCGCUACAGCCGCAGCCUGGAGGAGCUACUGCUCGACGCCAACCAGCUGCGCGAGCUGCCCAAGCCCUUCUUCCGGCUGCUGAACCUGCGCAAGCUGGGCCUGAGCGACAACGAGAUCCAGCGCCUGCCGCCCGAGGUGGCCAACUUCAUGCAGCUGGUGGAGCUGGACGUGUCCCGCAACGACAUCCCCGAGAUCCCCGAGAGCAUCAAGUUCUGCAAGGCCCUCGAGAUCGCAGACUUCAGCGGGAACCCCCUGUCCAGGCUCCCCGAGGGCUUCACUCAGCUGCGCAGCCUGGCCCACCUGGCUCUGAACGACGUGUCCUUGCAGGCGCUGCCUGGGGACGUGGGCAACCUCGCCAACCUGGUGACUCUGGAGCUCCGGGAGAACCUGCUCAAGUCUCUGCCGGCGUCCCUGUCUUUCCUGGUUAAGCUGGAACAGCUGGAUCUGGGAGGCAACGACCUGGAAGUGCUGCCCGACACCCUGGGGGCUCUGCCCAACCUUCGGGAACUGUGGCUGGACCGGAACCAGCUGUCGGCACUGCCUCCGGAGCUCGGAAACCUCCGGCGCCUGGUGUGCCUGGACGUGUCCGAGAACCGGCUGGAGGCGCUGCCUGCAGAGCUGGGGGGGCUCGCGCUGCUCACGGACCUGCUGCUGUCCCAGAACCUGCUGCAGCGGCUGCCUGAUGGCAUCGGUCAGCUGAAGCAGCUGUCCAUCCUGAAGGUGGACCAGAACCGCCUGUGUGAGGUGACCGAGGCCAUCGGGGACUGCGAGAACCUGUCUGAGCUGAUCCUCACAGAGAACCUGCUGACGGCUCUGCCCCACUCCCUCGGAAAGCUGACCAAGCUGACCAACCUCAAUGUGGACCGGAACCGCCUGGAGGUGCUGCCGCCUGAGAUCGGGGGCUGCGUGGCCCUCAGCGUCCUGUCUCUGAGGGACAACCGCCUGGCCGCCCUGCCGCCCGAGCUCGCCCACACGACGGAGCUGCACGUGCUGGACGUGGCCGGGAACCGGCUGCAGAGUCUGCCGUUCGCGCUCACCCACCUCAACCUGAAGGCCCUGUGGCUGGCUGAGAACCAGGCGCAGCCCAUGCUCCGGUUCCAGACGGAGGACGACGCCCAGACGGGGGAGAAGGUGCUCACCUGCUACCUGCUGCCCCAGCAGCCCCCGCCCGGCCUCGAGGGUCCCGGGCAGCGGAGCAGCCCCUCGGAGAGCUGGAGCGAUGCCCCUCUCGGCCGCGUCAGUGUCAUCAAGUUCCUGGGGGCCCCCGCGAGCGACGAGGAGGCCGAGGAGGCCGCUGCUGAGAAGCGGGGCUUGCAGCGCCGGGCCACGCCGCACCCCAGCGAGCUCAAGGUGAUGAAGCGGGGCAUGGAGGAGCGGCGCGGCGAAGCCUCCUGCAGGCCCGGCCCGGGGCCGCCCUCGCCCCCGGAGGAGGAGCGGAGGCUCAGCAGCAGGUCCGGCCUGAGCGAGGACUCGCACCUGUCCACCAGCACAGCCUCCCCGGGGGAGCCCGAGGGCCUGCCGGCCGAGGGGGAGGCGGAGCGGGAGGCGGAGGCGGGCGGGCUGCGCCCCCCGGAAGCCACGCUGGCUGCCCAGGAGGAGGCCGAGGAGGAGUCCUACGAGGAGCCCACGGUGCGGUUCGCGGAGGACACGCUGCUGCUGCCGGGGGACGACGGCGGGAGUGAGGACGGGCCAGCCGAGGCCCCCUGGGCGCCACCGGCUGGGCGGCAGCGACUCACGCGCAAAGACACGCCCCACUACAAGAAGCACUUCCGGGUCUCCAGGCUGCCCCAGCCCGAGGCUGUGGUGGCCCUGCUGCAGGGGGCCCAGCCGGCCGGCGAGGGCCCGGCGGGGGCCGGGGGCUGGCACAACGGCCCACACACCCCCUGGGUCCCUCGGGCUGAGGACGAGGGGGACGACGAGGAGGACGAGGAGGAGGCGGUGGCUGAGGAAGAGGACGAGGAGGAGGAGAAGGAAGAGGCCGUGGUCUCUGUGCCCUCUGUCAAGGGGGUGUCGUUUGACCAGGCCAAUAACCUGCUGAUAGAGCCCGCACGCAUUGAGGAGGAAGAGCUGACGCUCACCAUCGUGCGGCAGACUGGCGGCCUGGGCAUCAGCAUCGCGGGGGGCAAGGGCUCCACCCCCUACAAGGGGGACGACGAGGGCAUCUUCAUCUCCCGGGUGUCUGAGGAGGGCCCCGCCGCCCGGGCUGGGGUCCGAGUGGGCGACAAGCUCCUUGAGGUGAACGGCGUGGCCUUGCACGAGGCCGAGCACCACCAGGCCGUGGAGGCGCUGCGGGGGGCGGGCGCCGCGGUGCAGAUGCGGCUGUGGCGGGAGCGCAUGGUGGAGCCCGAGAACGCGGUCACCGUCGCGCCCCUGCGGCCGGAGGACGACUACAGCCCCCGGGAGCGGCGGCUCGGCGGCCCGCGCCCCCCCCAGCCCGAGGCCCCCGGGCCCCUCCGGCAGCGCCACGUGGCCUGCCUGGUGCGCAGCGAGAAGGGGCUGGGCUUCAGCAUCGCCGGCGGGAAGGGCUCCACGCCCUACCGGGCUGGCGACGGGGGCAUCUUCAUCUCCCGCAUCGCCGAGGGCGGCGCCGCUCACCGGGCCGGCACGCUGCAGGUUGGCGACCGUGUCCUCUCGAUCAACGGGGUGGACAUGGCGGAGGCCCGGCACGACCACGCCGUCUCUCUGCUGACCACCGCCUCCCCCACCAUCGCCCUGCUGCUGGAGCGCGAGGCUGGGGUGCCCCUUCCUCCCAGCCCCUCACCGCACUCACCUCCACCCCUCACUGCCGCUCCUGCCACCACCAUCACUGCCACCCCUGGGGACCCCGGACCCGUGAGGCUGGCUCCCAGCCUGCUUGCCGCCGCCCUAGAGGGGCCGUACCCAGUGGAGGAGAUCUGCCUGCCGCGAGCCGGGGGCCCGCUGGGGCUCAGCAUCGUCGGGGGCUCCGACCAUUCCAGCCACCCGUUCGGGGUCCAGGAGCCGGGCGUCUUCAUCUCCAAGGUGCUGCCCCGGGGCCUGGCCGCACGGAGCGGCCUGCGGGUCGGGGACCGCAUCCUCGCAGUGAACGGGCAGGACGUGAGGGAGGCCACACACCAGGAGGCGGUCAGCGCCCUGCUGCGGCCCUGCCUGGAGCUGGUGCUGCUGGUGCGGAGGGACCCGCCCCCCCCGGGCCUGCGGGAGCUCUGCGUCCAGAAGGCCCCCGGGGAGAAGCUGGGCAUCAGCAUCCGGGGGGGCGCCAAGGGCCACGCGGGGAACCCCUGCGACCCCACCGACGAGGGCAUCUUCAUCUCCAAGGUGAGCCCCGCGGGGGCCGCCGGGCGCGACGGCCGCCUGCGGGUGGGGCUGCGGCUGCUGGAGGUGAACCAGCAGAGCCUGCUGGGCCUCACGCACGCCGAGGCCGUGCAGCUGCUGCGCGGCGCGGGCGACUCCCUCACCGUGCUCGUCUGCGACGGCUUCGACCCCGGCAGCGUCGCCCCCUCCGAGGGGUCGCCGGGGGUCAUCGCCAACCCCUUUGCGGCCGGCGUCGGCCGCAGGAGCAGCCUGGAGAGCGUCUCCUCCGUUGACCGGGAGCUGAGCCCCGAGGGCCCCCACAAGGACAAGGAGCCGCCCGGACAGACGCCGCCGUGGGGACCGGAGGCCAUGGUGCCCCCCCGAGGGAAGCCGGCUGAGGCGCCCUGCUCCCCUGGCCACCAGCAGACAAAACCGGGGGUGAUCCAGCCACUGGCUCAGGUCUGGCCCAGGGGCUCCCCGGCCCCCAGGGGCAGAGGCAGUCCCCUCGCUCCGCCCUCCCCGCCCUCCCCGGACGAGCUGCCCUCCGACGUGAAGCGGGCCUACAGGACCUUCGCUGCCGUGCCUGGCCCACACCCCCCGCAGGACGAGGCCGCCCCACCCCCCACGCCCGGGCCCACCGCCUCCCCGGAGCAGCUGUCCUUCCGAGAGCGGCAGAAGUACUUCGAGCUGGAGGUGCGGGUGCCCCAGGCUGAGGGCCCCCCCAAGCGCGUGUCCCUGGUGGGUGCUGACGACCUGCGGAAGAUGCAGGAGGAGGAAGCCCGGAAGCUGCAGCAGAGGAGGGCGCAGACGCUGCGGGAGGCGGCGGGCCCGGGCCCGGACUCCGAGGCCCCGGACGACAGCGGGGAGCCGGAAGAGGAGCCUCCCUGGGCCGCAGGCUCCGCCGCAGGGCUUGUCCCAUCGUCCCCGCCGCCCCUGGGGAGCAGCGCCCCAGUGCGGACAGCCAAAGCCGAGCGACGCCAUCAGGAGCGGCUGCGCGUGCAGAGCCCUGAGCUGCCGGUGCCGGUGCCCGAGCGGGCCCUGUCCCCCGCUGAGCGCCGGGCCCUGGAGGCAGAGAAGCGCGCCCUGUGGAGGGCCGCCAGGAUGAAGUCCCUGGAGCAGGAUGCUCUCCGUGCACAGAUGGUUCUCAGCAAGUCCCAGGAGGGCCGGAGCAAGCGCGGGCCCCUGGAGCGGCUGGCCGAGGCCCCCUCCCCCGCGCCCACCCCGUCACCCACCCCCUUGGAAGACCUCGGCCCCCAGACCAGCACCUCCCCUGGACGCCUGGUGAGGACCAGCGGCCCCCUCGCCCACACUGCUCCCCCGCGGCGCGGGGGCGGGGACCCAGGCCGCGCCCCCCACCCCCUGCUCAGCGCCGGCCUCUGCCUCUCUCCCUCACGCUGCCCUCUCAAGGCCUGGUCUGGGAGGAAGUUCGACUACAGGGUGUUCGCCGCCCUCCCCUCUUCCAGACCUGUCUGUGACCUGCAGUCCCCGGACUUUGCUGAGGAGCUGAGGUCCCUGGAACCGUCUCCCAGCCCGGGCCUGCAGGAGGACGGAGAGGUGGCCAUGGUGCUGCUGGGCAGGCCCUCGCCGGACGCCGUGGGCCCCGAGGAGGUGACGCUGUGCAGCAGCCGCCGCCCGAUGCGUGCAGGUCGCCGUGGCCUGGGCCCAGUGCCCUCUUAGGGGGCAGGGACCCUCCCCCAGACUCGGGGUGGGGGCCCCCCAGCUCCAGCACCACCCUCGCCCCGAGUCUUUUAACCUGGGUGUUAGCGUUUUAAAGAAGACCCCUCAGGAGUUCUGGCCUCUGACUGCCUGCCCCCUCACCGCGCCCCGGCCGGGACCUCUGGCGAGACUGUAACUAGUGACGUUUGUACAACCAAAGACUCUAUUUUGUGGUUUAAGGAGAAUAAAAUUGACUACGUUUUA